UUGUGUUGAAUGCUGCGUAUUUUGUUAUUUGUUUUGAUCAUAUCUAUAUCACCGAAGAUUUUUUGUAUUUUGUUUCAUGUCAGAUUGAAUUUCAAGUGUAUUUUAACAUUUUUUAGUUUAAAAGUGUUGUUUUGGUACUUGCAAACUUUCCGUGCGCAUUUAUUAAAUAGUAAGGCACGCGACGCGCACAUUGAGACGCCGUGAUAAUUGUUUAUUUCCAUCAAAACACCUGCGAAUAAAGGCGCAUUGCAGUUUUUGUUGUGGUGCACUCAAGCAGGUAUAUAACGUUUUGUCACGUGAAAGUAGAAUUCAGUCGUUUAUGAACCACCAAACGGAAACAACGUAAUAACAACUUAGUAAACAUUUUAAAAUGUCGACGAUAACAAAUGAAAAUUUGAAAAUUCAAUCGCUGGAGGUGAAAGAUGUGCGUUUUCCGACUUCUUUGGGCGAGCACGGAUCAGAUGCAAUGCACACUGAUCCCGAUUAUUCCUGCGCAUAUGUAACAAUCAAACUUUCUACUGGUUUGGAAGGACACGGUUUGAGUUUUACUCUUGGCCGAGGAACUGAAAUUGUCGUUGCGGCCGUCGAAUCUCUAAAACAUCUCGUUGUUGGUUUAACAGUUGUUGAUAUUUACAAAGAUUUCGCAUCGUUUUGGCGCAGUUUGACUAGUGAAAGUCAAAUAAGAUGGAUCGGACCGGAAAAGGGCGUCAUCCAUCUUGCUACCGCUGGAAUAAUUAAUGCUUUGUGGGAUUUAUGGGCAAAAUUACUGAAUAAACCGGUAUGGAAACUUUUAUCAGAGUUGGAACCAGAACAACUUGUGUCCACAAUUGAUUUUCGUUACAUUACCGAUGUAAUAACCAAAGAGGAAGCCAUUGAAAUGUUGAGGAAAGGUAAAACUGGCCAGGAAAAACGUUUGGAAAUACUCAAAUCAACUGGUUAUCCUGCCUACACCACACAAGUUGGUUGGUUGGGCUACAGUGACGAAAACCUAGAAUCCUUAUGCCGCAAGUACAUGAAAUUAGGUUUCACAGCAUUCAAAGUCAAAGUGGGGCGUGAUUUGAACGUUGAUAAGAAACGUUUACGGAUUGUGCGCAACACGAUUGGUUACGAUUGCAAAUUGAUGGUUGAUGCCAAUCAAGUAUGGGACGUGAAUCAAGCCGUAAAAUGGAUGGAACAACUCGCAGAGUUUCAAAUUUUAUGGAUUGAAGAGCCCACUUCACCGGACGACAUCCUCGGCCAUGCAAAAAUCGCCAAAGAAUUGAAACCACUCAAUAUUGGCGUUGCCACUGGUGAAAUGUGCGCGAAUCGCAUAAUGUUUAAGCAGUUCUUACAAGCGGGCGCAAUGCAAUUCUGUCAGAUAGAUUCCUGCAGAAUAGGCGGCAUUAAUGAAAUUUUAAGUGUUUAUUUGAUGGCGCAUAAAUUAGGUGUAAAAGUUUGCCCACACGCUGGCGGUGUAGGCCUCUGCGAAAUGGUACAACACCUCCAAAUGUGGGAUUAUUUAUCCUUGUCAGGGACAAUGGAAGGUCGCUUUAUUGAAUAUGUCGAUCAACAACACGAACACUUCCAGGAUCGUUUGGAUGUACGCAACGCGCAUUAUCAAGCGCAACAGUUUCCUGGCUACGGCACUACAUUCACGAAGGACACUCUGAUCAAGUACGAGUAUCCUUGUGGAACAGAGUGGCAAGCAAUGUUUGCCAAAGGCAUUUACUCAGAUCCGCGCAAGUAGUAGUAAUAAUAGAAUAACUCAAUAAUUAAAUAGUAAAAAUAACAAAACUAGAUAAUUAGAUAAAAGUAGUGAUACACAUAAAAGCUUUAAAUGCGGUGACAGUUUUAAAUAUCAAUUAAGUGCGUUUGAACAUGAAUUUAUCCAA